CCGGCAGCAGGGCAGGAUGGACGUGGCCGUGGACUUGUACCUGGCCGUGCCGCUGCUCUUCACCGUCCUGGCCCUCGUCCUCGCCUCCGUCUUCGUGAGGCUGCGGGGAGGCGAGGGGGAGCGGGCGGCGGAGCGGCCCCGGGAGCCGGCAGCGGCUGAGCCGGCCCGGGAGGGCGGCCCCGGGGGCGAAGCGGCGGCGCCGGAGGGAGCGGGACCGGCCGCGGCCGAGGGGCCGGAGGACGAGGGGGGCCGGGUGCCGGUGGAGGAGGUCGGGGCGGGCGAGGAGGGGAAGGAGGCGGCUGGCGAGCAGCGGGAGGCGGCGGCGGAGCCGGGCCCCGCAGCCGAGCCCAGCCCCGCGGCGGCCGAGAGCAUCCCCCGGCAGCCGCCCGCCGAGCCCCGGGAGCCCGGGCACCGGGAGGAUGCGGAGAGCAAGAUACCACCUUUGGGUGCCUCACCUGGGUCCAGCCUCGGGCACACGGGACAAGCAGAGGGUGUAUGCGGCCAUGAAGCGCUUUCCAGCAAGGCAGAGGAGGAAGAGCCGGACUCAGAAAAUGAGAAGCUGGUGGUGAGAGAACCAGAGGAUGAGGAUGCUGCAGAUGAGACAUUCUCUUUUAAAUACAGUCCUGGAAAGCUGAGGGGGAACCAGUACAAGUCAAUGAUGACCAAAGAAGAACUCGAGGAAGAACAAAGGGUUCAGAGAGAGCAGCUGGCUGCCAUCUUCAGGCUCAUGAAGGAAAAAAGUGACACAUUUGGAGAGAUGUCUGAAGGAGACAUGAAGGAGCAGCUUAGACUGUAUGAUAUAUAACCUUGCAGCCAGUGCAGGCUAUGUCCAAAAGUCAUCUUGGCCCUUAUUAUGCAGCACACUGGAGACUG